CAUUACACAUAAUUUUAUUUCAUAUUUACAUUUAUUUUAAAAUAAAAAUUAGAGGAAAGCCCAUCAACUUACUUUCCAUGAAUAUAAUAUAAUAGAACUUACCUAUCUCCUCUAUGCAACUUGUGGUUUAGAUGAGUCCUUCUGGAUCUUUUUCCCCAUAAGGGCCUCUCUCCUUUUGCUUUACAGUGUAAUCAGGGCAGAAUAGAUAGGUUGAGUAGCUAAUUUAUAUCUCUGAAGAUCUCCAUAGAUCUCUGAAGUUCUAAGUCUUCAUAAUCUUUGCGCCUUGACAAGUCUGCAUUCCUUUGGGAAUUUCGUCAUAACCACAAGGUUAUUCCCCAGACAUGCAGUUUGGGGAAAUUAACCCGGCAGUAAACGGACUGGAUUAGAAACAGUGGCAAUCAUAAUGAGGUUAUGCAAUAAAUGCAGAAAGCCACAGAAGGAUCUUGAGUUAGGACAAUGACAGUGACAACAGAAACGAGGCCAGUACAAGAGAUGGUGAAGACGGAAUGGAUACAAUUUAGUUGCAAAACUGGCUGUGAGUGAAAGGAAGAAAUCAAAGAUGCCUGAAGCUCUGAGCUUCAGGUAGCUCUGGGUUUAACUUAGUUUCGAUUUAUCUUUGGAUAUACUAAUUGCUGACUACCAACUGAACAAGGUAGUCAACUUGUCAUCUUGUAACUUACCUAAAUCUCAGUUUCCUCCUCUGUAAAACUAUCAAAAUAAAGCCGAUGAAAAGAUUGAAAUAAAAUAUAAAACUCUUGGCACAGUGCCUAGUAUCCAUUAAGCAGUAGAUAAACGUCGGUCAUUAUUAGGGAGUAGGGUAGAGGAUAAGAACAGAAGGUUAAAAACAAGAGUAGGAGUAAGGAUUUUGGGGUGGGAUUCGAUCUUUCUAUUACACAUUACACAUACCUCCAAGCAGAGAAAGGAGUUGGAGGAGAGUUUGAUAAUGUGACUAACAAUCCUCCUCCCCUUACGGGGGGAUCUUGAUAAAAGAUAACCACCCACACGGAGGCCUGAUAUAAACUGGAUUGCAGAAUGCACUUGAGCUGGGAGCCCAAGUGGGCCAGGCUUCUUGCUUCCUAUUUUAUCCCCCUUAAGCAAGGAUAGCUAGGUCUAUAGUGCAGCCUCAGACCUAACUUACACUAUCAUUUGCUGCUGAAGUUUCCAAAAAAAGAUAAAGAUAGCCAGAUCAUAUUAAUUACAUGGACAGUAAAGAAAGCAUGAGCCCUGAGCAGGAAGGAACUGUCCAGGUGUACUUACCUCAAAGAUGAGAAAUCGAAGACAGCAAACCCUAGGUUCUUGGCCUUCAGUCACUAACUGCUUGCCAUUGGUAAAACGCGGCCGAUGAAUGUCCUCACUUUUGUCUAUCUGGGCAGGAGGUGAUAAGAGUGAUGUGCAAAGGGAUGGGAGGAACGUUUUUCUCUGCGGCGCCCACCACACCCAGCCCAGUGCCACGCACAGCAAGCGCUCCAUAAACGCACACAGCGCCGCCUCUACCAGGAUCCCGGGCGGCCUUCACGGGAUUUCUCUUGGCGUCGGCUUUCACACCCGGCCUCCAGGCGGGGUGGAACAGGUCGAGAGGGCGGCAUCCUUUGGCUUUUCUCCUCCCACGCAGCUCUGAACCAUGUUUAUGCAACGUUUAAUGGGCUCUAAUAAAACUACUAAUAAUUUUGCCCGGCGGAAGCACCGACUACCUUGCUAAGCCGACUCUGCGGGGAUGAAGCCAUAACCCUGAGGCGGGAAAGUGCGGCUACCGAAAAGCGCAUGCGCUACGGGGAGACGCUAGCGCUAGCUACGGAGAUGGGCGGAAACCAUGGCAACCCUGCGUGAUGACGACAGGGUGAGCGUCCCCAGCGCUGGAUUAUGACGCAGGCAGUGGGCGUGGAUUCUGCGGUUCGCGUGACCGCGGGCGCAGCCGCCGGGCCUCGCCAAAACAGCAACGGCAGAGGCCGGCGGGCGAGGUCAAGAUGGUGGCUCCGCGGGCGGGGGAGGCGGUGGAGGGAGGAGGAGUCAGACCUUAGCCAGCCGGAAACACCGACACCCAGAGACCUCCUGGGGAGCCGCCGCCGCCUUCUCAGCCACCGCCGCCUCCGCCGCCUGCUCCAGCUCGAGGGACGCGAGCGGGCGGCGGGGCGGGCCGUGAGAGAGACACGAGAGGAAGGAGGGCGGGGGCGGAGUUGCCCGCCUUAGCUCCCGCCCCCGGCCGCGGCCCGCGGCUCUACCCGGCCCGCCCAGCCCCGGUGUGGCAGCGGCUCAUGGCGGCGGUGGGGCCCCCGCAGCAGCAGGUGCGAAUGGCCCAUCAGCAGGUCUGGGCGGCGCUCGAAGUGGCGCUCCGGGUGCCCUGCCUUUACAUCAUCGACGCCAUCUUCAACUCCUACCCCGAUUCCAGCCAAAGCCGGUUCUGCAUCGUGCUCCAGAUCUUUCUCCGGCUCCUUGGUAUAUUUGUAUCCAGUAUUGUUCUGAUCUUGUCCCAGCGAUCACUUUUCAAGUUUUACAUGUACAGCUCAGCCUUUCUGUUAGCUGCAACUUCAGUGUUGGUGAAUUACUAUGCCUCUUUGCACAUUGACUUCUAUGGUGGCUACAACACAUCAGCUUUUGGAAUUGAGCUGCUUCCUCGAAAAGGUCCCUCACUAUGGAUGGCAGUUAUCGUUCUACAGCUAACAUUUGGAAUUGGAUACAUUACACUACUCCAGAUUCAUUCCAUCUAUUCACAGUUAAUCAUUUUGGAUCUCUUGGUUCCUGUAAUAGGUUUAAUCACAGAGCUACCAUUACAUGUCAGAGAGACUUUAGUGUUUACCUCUUCCUUGAUUCUCACAUUAAAUACAGUGCUUGUCCUGGCAGUGAAACUGAAGUGGUUUUAUUAUUCCACACGAUAUGUUUAUCUUUUAGUGAGGCACAUGUAUCGAAUUUAUGGAUUACAGUUAUUGAUGGAAGACACAUGGAAGAGGAUUCGUUUCCCAGACAUACUGCGAGUCUUUUGGCUAACAAGAGUUACAGCUCAGGCUACAGUGUUAAUGUACAUCUUAAGGAUGGCAAAUGAAACUGAUUCCUUCUUUAUUUCUUGGGAUGAUUUUUGGGACCUCAUUUGCAAUCUUAUAAUUAGUGGAUGUGAUUCUACACUAACUGUGCUGGGCAUGAGUGCUGUAAUUUCCUCAGUAGCCCAUUAUUUGGGGCUUGGAAUAUUGGCCUUUAUUGGAUCAACUGAGGAAGAUGACAGGCGGCUUGGCUUUGUUGCACCAGUUUUAUUUUUUAUUUUGGCUCUUCAGACUGGGUUAAGUGGGCUAAGACCAGAAGAGAGACUUAUUCGCUUAAGUAGAAACAUGUGCCUUCUAUUAACUGCAGUCCUGCAUUUCAUCCACGGAAUGACAGACCCUGUAUUAAUGUCUCUCAGUGCCUCUCAUGUGUCAUCUUUUCGUAGACAUUUUCCUGUGCUGUUUGUCUCUGCUUGCCUGUUUAUUCUUCCUGUCUUACUCAGUUAUGUUCUUUGGCAUCACUAUGCACUAAAUACAUGGUUGUUUGCAGUUACAGCAUUUUGUGUGGAACUGUGCUUAAAAGUAAUUGUUUCUCUCACUGUUUAUACCUUAUUCAUGAUUGACGGCUACUAUAAUGUCCUCUGGGAAAAGCUUGACGAUUAUGUCUACUACGUUCGUUCAACAGGAAGUAUUAUUGAAUUUAUAUUUGGAGUUGUAAUGUUUGGAAAUGGGGCUUACACUAUGAUGUUUGAGUCAGGAAGUAAAAUUCGGGCUUUUAUGAUGUGCCUACAUGCAUAUUUUAACAUCUACUUACAAGCCAAAAAUGGCUGGAAGACAUUCAUGAAUCGUAGGACUGCUGUGAAGAAAAUUAAUUCACUUCCUGAAAUAAAAGGUAGCCGCUUACAAGAAAUAGAUGAUGUAUGUGCAAUCUGCUAUCAUGAGUUUACAACAUCUGCUCGUAUUACACCAUGUAAUCAUUAUUUCCACGCACUUUGCCUUCGGAAAUGGCUGUACAUUCAAGAUACUUGUCCAAUGUGCCAUCAAAAAGUAUACAACGAAGAUGAUAUCAAAGAUAACGCAAAUGUAUCUAACAACAAUGGAUUUAUUGCACCCAAUGAAAAUCCAGAGGAACCUAUAAGAGAAGCUGCUGCUGAAUCUGACAGGGAAUUGAACGAAGAUGACAGUACAGAUUGUGAUGAUGAUGUUCAAAGAGAAAGAAACGGAGUCAUUCAGCACACGGGCACAGCAGCUGAAGAACUUAAUGAUGAUACUGACUGAUUAAAAUAGCAUUUAUUAAUCAUUGAGGCAUUUGUUUAAAAUUCAGUUCAUCCAAAAUGGAGUAAUAUCCUUCACCUUCAGUGUGUAACCAAGCACAAAAACAGUAUCAAUGUUGAAUCUGUGAAUGGUUUUCCGUUUACUGUGAUGUGCUACUGUAAAUAUACCUCUUUAAUUACUUCUGGUCUCUUUGGUGACCUGUUUAAAUUUGUGUACAUUAUUGUACAUAGAAUAAAAUGUUUUCACAUUUUUAUGACAAAA